AUGGGCAAGAUGAACUGCUUCUCCGGUCUGCUCAGCGGCAAGAGGAAGGCAUCCAAGGGUAAGAACAAGGGCGCUUACGCCAAGAAGGCUAGCGGCAACGAUUGCCCCAAGGUGAAGCCGGUGGAGUUCAUGGACAUGGCGGAUACUGUUGUGGACGACGACCUCAGCAGACGCGGAGACAGCAGCGUUCCUGCGUCUGCAUGCUACAGUAGGUUUGUCGUUCACGCAGCCGCCGAGCUGGCACGACAUGCCAGUGGCGAGGACGGCGACAAGGCCGCAGUAGUUAAGAGGGACUCGUCCGCCGGCGACGACCUCGUCGCCGGCGUUGGCUCCUCCGGUCACAGCAGCGACGGGAUAGGCAACAACGAUGCCAAGAGCAACGAGCCGGACGACGGCGAGCCCUCCAGCCUUGGCCGCAUGUCGCCAACGGCAUCGCCGAAGCUGAUGCGCUCCUGCUCCAACAUCGAGACGACGAGGUCUGUCCCAGCAGGGUCCGACCUGCCGGCGAAGUCCCGCUCCUACAACGACCUGAAGACCCUGCCUCCCGGAAGGUCGACCGCCGCCCGCAGCGGCGCGGUGGACGCGAGCCCGACGGCGUCCUUCAGGACCUCGUGCUCCGCCGACCGCGUCAUGCUGAAGAAGCGGUCGUCGAGGCAUGUGCUCCCGUCCCGGAGCCGGAAGCUGUGGUGGCAGAUGUUCCUCUGGAGCCACCGCAACCUGCACCGGCCGAGCGCGAGCGCGGCCAUGACCACGAUGCUUCCAUCGCCGGGGGAAGAAGAAGAAGAAGGCGGUACGGCGCACCAGCACGACGGGUACACGUCCGACACGCUGGGCGCGGUCACCGCGGACGCCAAGAACAAGGGCGUCGCCGUGGAGGCGGACCCCAUCCCGAGCCAGUGGGUCGCGUUCUCCGCCGAGGCCUCGCCCCUGGACCGGGUCAGCGAGUGGGUGAACAGCCUUGGGAGCGGCUCGUUCCACGCCGUCGACGAGGACGAUGUCACGGGGCACGGCGGCGACGGCGACGGCGCUUCUCGCCCGCGGUGCUCUGAGAUCGUGGAGCUGUCGACGACGACGGCCGGCGGCAAGAGGCAUCCGCAGGCUAAGCGGCGCGCGGCGGACGAGGCUGCCCAGGCGAGCGGCAUCGUGCAGACGCUCAACACCUUCUCCUCCGUCGCCCACAUCGCCGGCAUGGGGCUCAAGGCCGUCCCGACGAUCGCGGCCUUCUCUACCCUCCGGGCCGUCAAUCUGUCUGGAAACAUGAUUGUUCAAAUCAGCGCUGGAUCGUUGCCCAAAGGCCUGCACUCGCUGGAUCUGUCGAGGAACAAGAUUGCAAUCAUCGACGGGCUGCGGGAGCUGACGAGGCUGCGGGUGCUCAACCUCAGCUACAACCGGAUCUCGCGGAUCGGGCAUGGCCUGUCGAGCUGCACGGCGAUCAGGGAGCUGUACCUGGCCGGGAACAAGAUCAGCGACGUGGAGGGGCUUCACCGGCUGCUCAAGCUGGCCGUCCUGGACGUGAGCUUCAACAAGAUCACCACGGCCAAGUCCCUGGGCCAGCUCGUGGCCAACUACGGCUCGCUGCGGGCGAUCAACCUGCUGGGCAACCCGGUGCAGGCCAACACCGGCGACGACGCGCUCCGCAAGGCCGUGUCGGGCCUGCUCCCGCGGAUCGAGUACCUCAACAAGCAGGCCGUGAAGCCGCAGCGCGCGCGGGAGGUGGCCAAGGACAGCGUCGCGCAGGCGGCGCUCGGGAACGCCGGCUGGAACUCGCGGAGGCGGCUCACGCGGCGCCUCAGCCAGAGCCCUGGGUCGUCGGGCAAGGGCCGGGGCAGGGACGGCAACGGCAACGGCAGCCGCAGGGGCAGCAGGAGCAGGUCCGUGACCAGGCCCCAGAGCUCGAGCUUGCCAAGGAGAUGA